CAUAUCGUAUAGAAAUAAUACAAACAUGAAAGUUGGUGUAAUCGGUUCUGGCAUUGUUGGUCUUUCUACAGCAUUAGCAAUUAAAGAACAUUAUCCCAAUGCAGAAAUUAUUAUACAAUCUGAUAAAAAAGGUGUAAAUGUUACAAGUUACGGAGCUGCUGGUAUCUUUAGACCAGAUCCAAAAUUAUUACCAGGAUUAAAUGAAGAUCAAAAUGAAUUCUAUAAUAAUAGUUUUUCAUUUACUCAAUGGUGUAAUAUUGGACGUGAACAUUAUUGGAAAUUGGCAAGUAGUUGGCGAUCAGCCGAUUCCGGUGUCUAUUUUCAUCCAACUUAUCAAUUAUCAGAUAAUUAUACGUAUGAUAUUCCAUUUGUUAGUAAAUUAUGUGGUAAAACAAUAUUUCUAGAUGAAGAAGAGAUUCAUUCUAUUGGAUUUGCUGAUCAUAUUAAAUCAGCUUAUUAUUAUACAACUUGUAUUAUAGAACCACGUUAUCAUAUGAAUUAUUUACUGAAUGAAUUGAUCAAUUUGAAUAAAAACAAUGAUUUAAUUUAUCAUACAAAAGUGGAUAAAUUUAUUUCAUCUAAUGAAUUAUACAAUUGGGCUAUGAAAGAAAAUAUUCAUGUCAUUAUAAAUUGUACUGGUUUAGGUGCAGGUUGUUUAUUUCAUGAUUCUGAAGUCAGACCUGUGAAAGGUCAACUAGUACGUGUUUUAGCACCAUGGUUAAAAUUUGGAUUUUAUUUUGGUCGUGAUGAUACAUAUUGUUAUACAGGAAAAGAAAGUGUCAUUCUUGGUGGAUUUCGUGAAUUUUUAACUGCAGUUGUAAACAGACCUAUAACAAUUGAAGAUACUAUGGUAUCACAUGAACAUACAAAAGAUAUUCUUCAAAGAAUCGAUAAUACUUGGCAUGGAGGAUUAGGAAAAUCAACAAUAGUUGAAGAAUGGACAGGAUUACGACCAUUCAGACCAUCUAUACGAUUAGAAAUUGAAUGGUAUCGACCGGAAAUUGUCUGUAAACCUUUGCCAAUUAUACAUAAUUAUGGACAUGGUUCAAUGGGAGUUGCAUUAAGUUGGGGUACUGCAAUAGAUGCUGUGAAACUUUUUGAAAAUGUAAUCAAAUCAAGUGGUAAUACUCAUUCAUAAUGUACUGAACCUUUUGUAUGUGUGUACGUGUUUUUUAAAAUUAAUUUUGAUUAUUUUUUAGUUAGAUUCAUGGUUAGAAUUGGUAAAUAUAAGUUGUUGCAACACCUUAACUAUGUGAAACUGUAAAUUCUAAACAAAUGUAUGCACAGAUUCAGAGAUAAAUGAGCGAUCUAGUGAAUGUGGUUGCUUUAGUUCAUUGCCAGAAUUCAAGUGAUUGUGUACAAUAGACUGUAAGAUCGAUUUUCGAAGGUUUUGCCUGAGAAAAUUCCUUCGUGUAUACAUUUGUAAUUUGUUCUCAAUGAUUCUUUCAGUUGUACAUUUUGUUAGUCUGUUCGAUUCCAUUUGAAAUGAUAACAUUUGUGUUUUAUUAUAGUUUCUAUUUCUUUUGUCUUCACUGAGUUUCUAUGUUUCUCUCUGAAAUGCAUUGAUGUUGUUUUAGCUGAUACUUAGUCUUGACGGCAGCCAUAUUGGUAUGUUCCUCCUUUGAUUGUAUUGCUUGCCUUGGCUGGAAUUGUGCACUUUGAUUGUGGUUUGAAGCACCCUUCCAGAAUAUUAUACACUGUGUUAUAAAGCAACCAAAUCUGAUCUAUCCAGCAGGGAUGAAUAUUAGAACUGUCAUUUACCCAAACCACUUGUUUUGAUUUCUUUCAACUGAGGAAGGCGCGUAUCUAAACUACCUAGACAGUUAUUCCUCAGAUAAAGCCUUCUUAAUAGAAACAUUCGUGAACAAAGAGCAAAAAUAAAAACUUGAUUUUAAUUUUUCUACUUCUAUAUGAAU